AUGGUUCAGGACAAAGUAUCUGAACAUGCUAAAAUUGUUGGAGUUGCAGAACGCCUGGACACCCUUCUUCUGGACUGCAAAGACCUCAACUCUGAACAGUGGGGCUCUGUAGAGAAUGAGGCUAUUAUUGCUGUCUUCUCACUUUUAUACUGCUGCAUCAUGGAAUGCUACGAGCUCAAACCUACUCCGCUGGCAAUCUCGUCUAUGGGUGUUCUAGGGAUCUGGACUACAGGAGAUGGGCAAAGGGACGACAUGAAGCAUACCGGGCCGGUCGUAUACCAUUCUCGGGCGCUUCUUGAUCUGUAG